CUGUAUAAGAUCGAAAAUGAGCUCCAUGUCGAGAUUAUCCCCGGGACGGAAAUCAUGGCGGACGUCGAGAGCUAUCAUUUCGUCAAGAGCGAGGGCAAAUCUAACCACGUGCUUGUUCCCCAGCCUUCCAACGACCCCCAUGACCCCCUGAACUAG